AUGACGGCGCUAUCACUUGCCGCAACAGCUCCCAAGGCCUCAUGCGAUGAGGACGGCAGUCACGGUAUAUCGGUACACUCGACCCCGGCCGUGAAAUCCAACAUGGGCACCAACAAGCAGCGGCCGUUUCACGACCCGAGUCAUUGGACUUGCUCCUUCGACGAGCUUGACGGCGAGACGGCGGCGGUCUUCGCGUCCGGCGAGAGCAAGCAUGGGCGACACUGGUGGCACUUCGAUUACCGGAUCUACAUUUGCAUACUCGUCAUUUGCUCCGUGUGUGCUUUCUCGCUGCUUCAUCCUCCGGCCCUUCUCGCUCGGCGGCCAUCAAAGUAUGUGCCUCUGGCUCUGGCGAAACGCGACGCGACGGAUCGGCCAUCGUUCAACGCGCCCCUGAUCGAGCCCGCUACCGCGAUCGACACUCCGGUUAGACCAUUCACGCAAAGGCAGGAGGUGCUGGACGACUUGCCAGCCUGGGCCGAUUACGACGCCAUCGACUCCAAGACGCUCCGGAGUUCCAACACACUUGCACCAGUUUUUCUGCAUCAUCUACUCGAAGCCAACACCCCGGCCCCUUACGACCGAGUACACCUCGUUUCGGCCUUCCUCGAUCCGAGGCCGCUGGUGAUGGACGAAAGGCACGAAAUCAUGAUUCAUGGCGUGCUGAACGGGGUCGAAAUCGUGAAUACCCAAAAGACGCUCACCUAUCCGGAGGGGAUCGUGGAAUGCUCAAUUUUUGUGCGGGCGUACGAUGGUACCUCCUACGCCGGCGAUGGCAAGGUCACAGCUAUGAUCGCCCACUCGCGAAGACACCAGUGAGUCGAUCAAGAGUGAACCCUCCCUUCUCGUGCUUCAUAGCAUGCGGACUGACUCGUGCGCACAAUCUUCAAUUCCAUAGAUAUAUGACUCUCUCGCAAGCCCAGUUCGUCUGCUCCCUAGCUAUGAUCCCCGAGGAGACAUACCGUGCUAUAAACUGGCAAGAGGCUGAAAUGUGAGUUCUCUUGGGACCGUCCUUUCGCCAGACUGCGCGCGGGCUUGGCGAACAAGAGAUAUUAACUACGCACUUCCACUCUCUUCAGCUUCGCAACCCUCACGUCAAUCGGCCAAGCCCCUCCUGCUGACGUCUUCAUACACGUGCGAUCCAUCGCCCCAUUGGACGUGGAAAAGCACCGCUCCGGUCGAGGACCAGGCGCGAUCUGCAUUGCUCCUCUACACGGCGAGCUGUACGCGCCCGUGCUGCGGGACCACCUCAGUGUGAGUUGCAAGUAUCGUGUGUCAGUAAGUAUGCAUCGUCGCCUUGCAUGCUGACCGCGAUCUCUAUGGGCGAUGAUGUCGGACGGCGAUGGCGCAGUACCAAAGAUCGCUCGGCUUUACCAAGGUUUACGCCUACCUCUUGGACCCAGGACCGAUCACGCUGGCGGUCGUGCGAGAGCUCGCAGCGACCGACCCUGACUUUGUGCCGAUUCGAUGGGGGAUUCCUCAAGAAUGGGCCACAAAGGCGAGGACUGCACAUACGCACAUGAACCACGACUUUGCUGUCGACCCGAGCGAGUGGAACGUUCGGGGGAUCGACGUCUUGGACCCGCAGCGCGAAGAGCUCCUGGGUGUGGCUGACGAUGGAGACCAUCCUACCGUAGGGUCAGUGACCACGGGUAUAGAGCAGAGAUCUCCCGCAGGCCGUAGCUAACCCCUACCCCUGCCCUAAAUCCUCCGCGUCGCGAACAGCAUCUGGUAUUGGGGUCAGAGCAUUGCUGGACAAGAUUGCCACAUGCGCGCGAUGGCCGAUGGCGUGCGGUGGGUCUCGACUAUCGACUGGGACGAGUACUUUGUCCUGCAGCCCUCAGGCCAAUCGACGUGGUCGGCCCCUCCUCGAGACGCCGAUCCCGAGACGGCGAUGCUCCCCUUCCGAGAUUGGCUUCGUGAGGUGCCGCAGCACACGUGGGACCCGCAAGGCCACUGGCACUACAUUCUUCACCCACGAACGAUCUCUCGCCUCAAGAUCGACUUCGAGGAGGCGACGCAGGGACUGCUGCCCAGUGCGAUCCUGUUCUCGCAUUCGUUUGGCCAAGAAUGGUGUCGUUCGCGCGGGCUUCCUCCCAGCUCGGCCGUGCUCGACGAGGUGAUGGAUACCUACGGCAAGUGGGAUUGGAAGCAACCGGGUGUGAGCGUUCCCACGGCUUUCUCUACUUCAAUCUCAUCAGCGUACAUGGAUUAUGGUCAACGCUCGAAAAAGAUCCUGGACCCUUGGUGAGUUAUCCCGGGCCAUGGCUUGGGACCGUGAUACCGUGCGCAAUCGGCUAAUACCGCACGCUGGGACUUAGGGCUUACUUCCUCGACGGGACGCACACGACAAUUCUUGGCUACGGUGACUAUUCGCUCGGGUUCAGCGGUUGCACUGCUCCUGGUAAAACCACAAGGCAACGUCGCAUCUGCGCGCAAGCGAUCUUGCAUGCCUUUGGCUCGCACGCGAUUCCCGUGCCUCUGCCCAAGAUGAUCGCCGACAGGGGCCCGCAAUUGGCUCGACCGACCGAUCCCGACCUCGAAUUCGCGAGUGGUGCGCUACGUCAUUACCGAGUUGACUGGAACCAUACGGUGGACAUUUUCGAGAUCACCAAAGACUUGACCGAGAUGCCCACGUCCUUGUUGAACUCGGCGGCUUCGCGACGGGUCCGUGCUAAGAUGAUCCUGGGCGCUUGCCGCAGCCACAAGUUUCAGGAGGACUGGAGUAUGGUCACCAUCAUGGAGCAGUCGCUCAAAUGGAUCUUACAGGAUCGUGCCGAGGCGCCUACUAAGCCGCGACUUGAACCUGUCGUGAUCCCGGCCAAGCCGACGUUCCAAGUCAAGCCGCCGAAGCCAACCCCCGCCGUCAAAAUCCCCGCCAAGUAUCGACCGGCGAAAGCGGUGCCCAAGCCCGCUAAGCAACCGGUGACGGUGAACGUCGAGUUUGAUGACUCUGGCGUCGAUCAGGGCCAAGUCGGGAUGGUUUCGGCCGGCUUCGAGGGCACGGCCGACCAAGCCGAGUGGUCGCAAGCGCCGCCUUCGAACGAGCACCAAGAUGCUCCUCCUGCGCCGGAAACUUGGGAUCCAGAGAUGCCGCCCGAAACAAGGCCAGAAGACACGGACUUCCCAAGCGAGCCUCCUUCAACUUACGAAGUAGAAACUCCGUAUGCGAAUGACGAGAUGGUCGAUCGGGUCGAGCCAGGGAUGGGUGGCAGGUUGGGUCAAACGAUCGCGGCGAACCCGUACGGUCUGACGCUCGUAGCGGUCGGGGCCGUGGUGGCGUUCUACUUGGUCGAAAGAAGGAAGGAGCGCUCGAGGAGGCCACGAAAGGGUUACGUCAUGGUCGAGCAAAGGUGAAAAGCGUUACGACCUGUUGUACAUACUAGACCACAUACAUACCUAGACUUAGAAAUACGGAUUGUCGUCGGGGGGUUCUUUUCUGGGAAAGCAUGUUCGAUAUAGUCGUGCUAGCAAGUUCGCAGUAUCCUAAGAUGUGUAUCUUGUUCUGGAAAUGA